UUUCCUCCUUGCUUGGGAACAGAUACUUGCAUCAAGCUCACUUUGAAUUAUUUAAAACUAUUUAUCUCUUUUUUCUCUCUUUUCUUUUCUUCUACACGUCCUCCACUUACAGAAGUGACAAAAGGCACAUCAUCCAGCCCUGAAGCAGGCCAGGGGUACCUCAACUCUGCGGCCGACGGCCAGCAGCCCCUGGGAGGAAUUGGGUGCUUGGUGCUGCUACCGGCGCUAGCGAAACGGCACGGCGUAGUGCUCCGUCCGCGACUUCACAGCCAGGACGGCAACUUGGAUCUGACCUCACCCCAUCGUCAGCGCCGAAAACACGCAUCGAUUCGACGGCCACACCCCAUCGAAAUCAUCAUUUUGCUUCGAGAACUAGGAUCGCAUAGUGCCCAGGAGCCGCCUGAUGCCCUCAUGACCGAGUUUGCCGCGUCGCGGUACGGAUAAUUCCUGCACGCGACGUCGCCGGGCGCACUUCCGCAUCGCAUCGCAGCCGCAGUACAGAGUACCUACCGACUACCGAGUACGGAUACAUCCCACGACACACCAACCACCACCGCCAUCGCCAAAAUGCCCGACAUCAACCCCGCCGACCUGUCGUCGCGCCCAGCCGUCAACCUCACCACUCCCACCCUGUCCAACAAGACAAUUACCGUUUCAACCCCCUCCACCGCCGCAAAGCCCAUCAAGACCAGCCAGAUAAUACCCGCCCGCAUCGACCUGGAACCCAUAUAUGCCGCCUUAAAAUCCGCAAUCGGCAACGAGCAAUGGGCCACUUACAAAGAAGCCACAACCCAAUUCUUCAUCGGCCGCCUAAACCAGGCCGAGUACUCGGAGCGCAUCGACCCAAUAAUAUCAUCCCAGCAUGGCGACAAGGAACACCUUCACAACCAGCUGCUCGCUGCCUUAUAUGCUAAUGUCACCCGUGAGAUGCCAGACCAGGGCCUGGCCCCCUGGGUCAGCGCCAAUGAUAAACCUGCCAUCGGCACAGGCGCGAAGCCCGUGUCUGGCGAUGCAACCGAGCGCCGGCUGAAGGGCCAGGUCAUGCUGCUGCCAAGCCGUGAUCGCCGGCGCAUCAAGGACCUCCAGCAGAACGAUUUCGAUCCCCACGAGUCGCUCGCCGGUGUCUUUGUAGAGCAGAUGAACAGGUCAAAACGGCUCAAGCUAGCCGAGGAGAGCGUGGCCAGCAGCGGCCUGAACAUGAACCGGGAACAAGACAUAAGGAAGCGGUACCUCAAUCCUCUGGGCCUGGAGUCCGGCGAAUUCCCCGACGGAAACUACACCGACUCGCGGAUGCUACCCUACUGCUACGAGGCCGGUCUCGAGUCUGCUGCGCCCGACGCUGGGCAAUUGGUCUCCGCCGCCACCGAGUCGUUCAUCAAGGAGGUCCUCACGUCCGUAUUCAGCCGAACACGAAGCAAUGGUCCUGGCGAUUCUGGUAGUGCCGGGUUUGGAUCAACAUCAAGCUGGGUACAGACAUAUCGUUACAAGAGGCAGCUCUCGAGGGAAGAAGAGGCGGCCAUGCGCGGUGAGGUCACGCGGGACAAGUGCGGCUUGCUCCCGAUCGAGUCCAAGGCUGCGGGAGAAAGAGGCCCUCUCGGCAUCGCAGACCUGCAUCUUGCGCUCGACAUUGCAGAUUGCGGCAUGUCCCAGUUCCCUGUUAUGGUCAGGUCGCUGCUGAACGGAUACCGAGAUGGCGAGCUUGAGACCAUGAACGACCACUACUAUCUGGAUGGGCGACAGACGGCGACCUCGAACGGCGCAGAUACCGACAUCAUCAUGGCCGGAACCCAGGUGGCCAAAAAUCAGCAGCUCCCCAAUGGCGUUCCACAUGAUGAUGCGAUGGACAUCGACGACGAGUACUUCUGGGCCGGCGCGAACGACGAAGACUUGGAGGGUUUGGAUGCUGUCCUGGACUCCAUCGGGGCCAGUGGUUAACAGGGCAGGCCUCGGUCGCUAGGCGCAUCCGGUGACUGAUCUGUUUCUUCCCAAAGCGAAGCGAAGACCUGGGUGCACUAGAUUUCUAUGCACGGCGUCGGCGUUGCAGACUGGCUGGCUCUUGUUGUUAUUUUUGUGUUUGGCGUUCACGGACGCAUUUAAAGGGGCGACAUAAGGGGAUGGAAUCCAGUAUAGGGCUGCGGACCACAGCCAUCUGUACGAUGUUGUUUGUGUAUGACCAGUUUUUCUUGGAUCAUAACGGCGUUUCGGGCAAGGCCAGCACCUGCGGGUCAUUUUGGGCGGUGACAAAAAGUUGUUUUCAUGGACGAUACCCAUAGAGCCAAUGGAGAAGUGGAGGGGCUCACCGAAACAACACCAUGGAUGUGGGACGGCGGGCGGACUUGGGGGUUCAUGGCGGUGGUGAGGCUGGAGACAAGAGGCGUAUCAGCGGCCAAGGCUGCCUGCAGAGCUCGGCAGUCCAGUGAUGGGGUGCGUUUCGUAGACUGCACGCUUUUAUCCGCAUCAACAUGGUAUAAGGCACAGAGCUGGAUGGUACAGGCAUGUCAAUAAGCAUAGGCUCCAUCCCACUACUUGAGUACGUAGACAGUCAAUCCAGUCGUAGAUGAGCGUUCCUACAUGUGCAGAGGACCUCACGAGCGUGGAUUGACGUUUGCAGCUCUUGCUACUUGCUUCUGUAGGCCUUCGUCUGCCAUGUUGGUGGUGAUCGGCGCCCCGAGGCGUCACUACAGGGAUCAAGCUCUCCACCGUCGUGGAGCUGCCACCGCCCCUGCCGCAUAACCCCUGCCACCCUUGGC